CAUUUCUUGAGUUCUCAUCUGCUCUCUUUCCAUCCAAAGUAUCUGAGACUUCAAAUUUUGCAACCAAUUUUACGUAAAAUACCCAAUGGAUUCUCUAACUUUUGAAAACGUUUCGUGCGGCAUUGUUGCCCUCGCCGCUCUUAAUCUCUGUWUGAAGGCAGUGUCRAAUCUCUACAAGACAUUUCUCCGACCAGCGAAAAACUUCAAAAAGUAUGGAAAAUGGGCUGUUAUCACCGGAGCAACGGGUAAGUGCAGCGCCACGAACUUCUCCUCAGUCCGAGGAUUGACAAAGUCUUCAUUGUCGGAUGAAAAAAUUUGCGUCUUCCCUUGUCUGUAUUAUCUGCAACACGCACUUGUACUAAUUUUUUCGUGCUUGGGAACACGUCUGUUUUCAUGACGAUUGAUAGAUGGUAUCGGUAAAGCAUACGCCUUUGCCUUUGCUAAGAAGGGAAUGAGCAUCCUUUUGAUCAGUCGUACGGAGUCCAAACUACAGGAUGUGAAGAAAGAAAUCGAAGCGAAGAAUUACAGUGGAGUAGAAGUUUCCUAUUUGGUUUGUGAUUAUUCCAAGUUUGACAAAGCAGCACAAGAGAAGGUGGCUAAAGUUGUUAAGGAAUUGGAAGUCGGAGUCUUGGUUAACAAUGUCGGUGUUAGCUAUCGCUACCCCAUGUUCUUUCACGAGCUAUCCGAUAGCGAAGUUCAAGAUUUGAUGACCAUGAAUAUUGACAGUACCGUGUGGAUGACGCGAAUGGUGAUUCCGGGAAUGUUGGAGCGAAAGAAGGGAGCCAUUGUCAAUAUUUCAUCUGCUUCAGCCAUGUAUGAUUUGCCUCUCUUGGCGGAAUAUUCUGGCUCGAAGAGUUUCAUCGAAAAGUUUUCCCGUGCACUCAAUGCGGAAUACAAAUCCAAGGGUAUCACUUGUCAAUGUCAAAUUCCCUUUUACGUUGCCACCAAGUUGGCAAAGCAAAGGAAGAGUUUGAUGGUUCCCACUCCACCCGCUUUUGUUGCUAUGGCGAUCAAGUGGGUUGGUUACGGGGAUUGUGUUGUGUCUCCCUUUUUGUUGCAUGCAAUUCAAGGCUGGAUACUUGAUAUCAUGCCAAACUCUCUCGUGUCUAAAAUUAUUAUGAAUAUGCAUCUUGGAAUCAGGAAACGUGGUUUGAAAAAAGAUGCCGCCAAAAAAGACUGAAUUAUUUGUGAAAGUGGUGAAGAAAUGUCGGAAACAAAGAGCUUGCUCUGAAUGGAAUGAAUUCAUCGUAAAGUG